UUGGCGUCCUGUCUUCUGAAGGACAGGGCACGAGAUUGGUGGGAGGAGGUCGGGCAUGCCAUUGGGGAUGAUGCGGCAUUGGACGCCAUGACCUGGGCUGAUUUCUCUACCAGGUUCAGGGCGGAGUUUGCACCAGUCAUUGAGGUGCAACAGCUAGCUAGGGAGUUUCAGGACCUCACCCAGACUACAGAGACAGUGGCGGAGAUCACCGCCAAGUUCAGGGAGAGGGCUCUUCUCGUUCCUCAGUAUGUAGCUGAUGAGGAAAUGAAGAAGGCCCGUUAUCAUGAGAUGUUGCGGAGCGAUAUCCGCCAGUUUGUGAGCCGGUCCAGCUGUAAAACGCUGGAAGAUAUGAUUGCUAGAGCUCGGGAGAGGGAGAUUGAUCUCGAGAUGGAGAAGAAGAGGAAACCGGAGGCGGUUUCGGGUUCGGGCGGUUCGGGCAAAAAGCCCAGGGUUUCAGAUCAUAGGUCCAGGGGACAGCCGAGCUACGGUCGAUGUGGUAGGUGUGGGAAGAUGCACGAGGGAGCGUGCAAGGCAGGGAGUUCCGGCUGCUUCAAGUGCGGUCGGGUUGGACAUUUGAGUAGGGAUUGUACGGCUCCUGCUACUGCCGUUGCAGCGUCAGAUCUGAUUUGCUUUCAGUGCAAUCAGAGGGGACAUAAAAAGUCCCAGUGUCCGAGUUUAGCUGCAGCAGGGAAGGUGGCUGCACCUGCCCCUGCUACCUUGAGGAUUACAGACGGCCGGCAGGGUCGAGCUGAUGCGCCAGUGGCGAAGAGUAGGGCGUUUCAGAUGACAGCAGAGGAGGCGCGAGCGACUCCUGAUGUAGUGACGGGUACUUCCGCAAGCAAAGGGAAGAGCUCGGGAUGAUGGCAUCGCACACACCACCGCCUUAGCUCUAGCCUGGGAUUGAUUUAGUUGCUUUGAUUUGAUGUAGUAUGAUACAGUUUUCCGCACAGUAUUCUAUUAUGGUUUGGA